AUGUCAUUACUGUCAAUCGCCCUCUUUGUCGUCACUCUGAACUUACGACCCCGUCGAGUGACUGCAUUACCAUUCAACCGCCGCGACGAUGACUCUGAUAGUGACAGUGACAGCGACAGCGACGACUGCGACAGAGCAUGCCGUCGUCGCAGACGAGCGCACCCUCGCUUGAGCCGAGGUGCAAUCGCAGGUAUUGUGAUUGGCAUAGUUCUCUUUCUUGUCCUCUUCUUUAUACUCCUCUGGUUAUGGAGGAGGAGACAAAGGGAGAAGAAAUUACGGGAGAAGACUCGUCGCAUGCUUGAAGACCAACAAAGGAACAGACUCCUGCUUCCUGUAGUACCGCCUAAGGACAAGGAGGGGCGUCGCGAUCUCGUUAUUCCCGCCUGUCUCACACCUUCGUCCCCCAGGUCAGCAGGGUCCCCUUCUUCUAUGCGAAACCUCGGCCAUAGCUCGUCGCGCGGCCAGGCAGACAACGAACCUGAAUUCACCUCCAUGGCCAAUCUCGGUCACACCAGGUCCAGCCGCCCCGCCGAAGAGCAAUCAGUUACUGCUGUCUCCGGUCAUAGUCAAUUGUACGGUUUGGGAGAUAACGGCACCCCCGUUACGUCGUUGCCGAAUCUGGGACAUGCCCAAUCACACCAUUCUGCGGGUGACCGGUCUUUGCUCAGCCAAGCAACAGCCGGUUCGAUUCUAGAAGAGCGGUCGACCUCGCCCAUCCCGCCUCUCCCCAAUCCGCACGACCGAGCAUCAUCCUAUGCACCUUCUUCCUUCGCGUCAAUCGGCACAACCACGCGCAGUAAUUCGAUGGCCACCACCUCUCUCCUAUCCGGUCCGUCUACAAGGCGUGCGUCGGCCUUGUACGAGGAUUUGAGCAUGUACCAGAAGAAGCUUGAGGUCCAUGACCAGGAGGAAGCGCAGACCGCCAGGGAGGCGCUAGCAGAUCCUCCUCCUCAGUACGGCUCUUGAGGUCUGAACGUUGGAGCACGUGCUGAUAUGUUCAAUUGUACCUUAAUCUCCUGAGUGAUGUUUGGACUUGGUGAAAUAUGGACCUAGAGUUUGUUGUUGUAGCACAGACUAUGGAUGUGGUUUGCAUGG